AUGUGGUCGGCUUUCGAGAAAGGCAAUCCCCUCCCGACCGUGGCCAACGCCGACCAAGCCGCCUUCCAGGCGAUGUGGAGGAGUGCCGUGUCGUCUGUGGAAGAGGGCGUCCUACAGAAGCAGCUCUGCGACACGUCGCUGCUUCGGCACGCGAUUGUAGUCCUCUCCAGGCGGUUCGAAACACUCCCAAGUGGCUUGGUCGCUGAACCCUCGUUUCUUGCCGGAUCAACUGACUCUGGGGGCAGUUCACCACCGUCAUUUCCGAAUCCCUCGCACGAGAACAGUUUCCACCAGAGCAAUCAGACGUCCUGGCUCACAUUGCCAUUUCUGCCGGUAGUCCAACAGGACCAAUUUCGGCACCAGCAACUACAUCAGCAGCAGCAACACGCGUUUGCGAAAAUGGAAGAUCUUCAGCCACCGAUGGACUUGUCGAAGGAGAAGUCGCCUAAGUAUGACAAAUUCUCCAUCCCCCACCUCCUUGGUGAGAUCGGCGAUGAGAAUGCAAGACCACUGAAGGCGUGUUUUGAGUGCUCGUUGUGCGGACGCAGCUACGCCACGAAGGCGGGCCUCCAACGACACCAGAACCAGUGCACGAGAAGGGCGGCGGAGGAUGAGGUGGUGUGCGAGGCGGCGACACCACCGGCCUCGAGCAGUCCCGACGCGGUUGAACAAGCUUCCACCUCGCCGAUGUCCAUUAGCCGACAGUACACCUGCCAUGUGUGCGCCAAGGUCUACUACUCCAUGUCAGCACUAAAGAUGCACAUUCGGACACACACGUUGCCCUGCAAGUGUAGCGUCUGCGGCAAGGCGUUCUCGCGCAUGUGGCUGCUCAACGGACACCUUCGAACGCACACAGGGGAGAAGCCAUUUGCGUGUCGGGUUUGCCAGCGUGCCUUCGCAGACCGUUCGAACCUACGAGCACACAUGCAGACCCAUUCUGAGGUGAAGCGCUACCGCUGUGAGGACUGUGGCAAGACUUUCUCGCGCAUGGGCCUUCUCACAAAGCACUCGCGUGCCGGCUGCUCAUCGCAGGAUGUCGCCCCGGCGUCAUCGAUGUCGCCAGACUCACGCGUCUGGAAUCCCGCAGUGUCCACGUCCAUUUUCUCCUGA